AUGCCUAAGGAGAGAAGCGCGGUGGCGGAGAUGGAGAACUGGAAGGCGGCUGUUGUGAAGGAGCAACAGGUAGCAUCAGCCUUCGAAGAGAAUUGGGGCUACCUGAAAGCUCGCCCCGAGGACUGCAAGCCGAGAGGCUUCGAGACGCGCCUGGUCAAGUAUUUCGAUCACGGAGUUGCGUCUGUGAAGGAGAAGAGAAUUGCAGUGCCGGACGAUGAUCGAGAACACUCGGUCGACCAGAAGGUGCCAGCGCUGACAUCGCAGAACAAAACUUCAAUGUUUCGAACUACGAGCAGCAUCUAUGGCUCCAGGAACACGUUGGAGAUGUUCGGAGUGGCCCAGCAUGGACUGAAGAGUGACAUCACCAAGGUUCUUUUCUGA